CCAGCUAUUUCCCCGUUCUACACAGAUUGGAGUCUUCUAAUAAGAUUCCAUUAAGCAUAUGGCGGGUGCUGCUUCUUUCACUACAACGACGCUUCUAUUUGUUCUGCUGUCACAGACGGCUUUCACGGCGGCUGCCUCCAUUGGCAAUUUCUUGAGGGAUUUCGACAUCACCUGGGGAAACAAUGGCAGAGCCAAGAUUAUGAACGAUGGCAACCUCCUCCAGCUAUCUCUCGACCAAAAAUCCGGCUCCGGCUUCCAGUCCAAGAACCAGUACCUCUUCGGGAAGAUCGACAUGAAGAUGAAGCUCGUUCCCGGGAACUCGGCCGGCACCGUCACCGCCUACUAUCUAUCAUCUCAGGGACCGGAGCAGGACGAGAUCGACUUCGAGUUCCUCGGCAACCUAAGCGGCCAGCCAUACACCCUCCAUACCAAUGUGUUUACUCGGGGGAAAGGCAACAGGGAGCAGCAGUUCCAUCUCUGGUUCGAUCCAGCUGCUGAUUUCCACACUUACUCCAUUCUUUGGAACCCUCAACAGAUCGUUUGGUCCGUUGAUGGCGUCCCCAUUAGAGUGUUCGAUAACUUGGAAAAGAGGGGAGUUCUAUACCCAAACAGCCGACUCAUGAGAGUCUACUCGAGCCUGUGGAACGCCGAUGAGUGGGCUACCAGAGGUGGACUAGUGAAAACCGACUGGUCGAAGGCGCCGUUCGUCGCCUCCUACUCCGGCUUCAACGCCGACGCCUGCGUCUGGCACCCCGCCGCCGGCUCAUCCACCUGCGCCAAUGGUCGCAGUUCCAAUGGUUGGUUCGGCGAGGAAAUGGAUGCCACCGGCCUGCAGAGGCUCAAGUGGGUGCGCAAGAACUAUAUGGUCUACAACUACUGCACCGACCCCAAGCGCUUCCCUCAUGGCCUCCCUCCCGAAUGCUCCACGGGCUUUUAGCGAUCAGUUUUCUAUAUCACCGCUCACGUUGAAAGAUCUUCGCGCUUCUUACGUGGGUAGUUGAUUUUUUACGUUAUUAAUUACUGUUCUUCUUGUGUGACCAACUAUUACCAUUCAGAAUUAAUUUAUUGUCCAUUAAUUGGAUUGUAUUGGUUAACUAAACGAUGAAGGAAACAGGCGGCACAUUAUCAAAAUGAAGCACACCAGUAAUCAA